CAGACCACACCAGUCCCACCAUUUGUUUUGGAAAACCCACUGCUCUCUUUCCAAUCGAAAACAAUUUCUCUCUUUUCUCUCUGUUUCUCUGUUCCAUAAUCAACUCUACCCACGCCCUUCUAUUCUGUUCCCCAUGCGCAUCCUUCACCUCUCUUCCACUCUCUGCCUUCCAAUUUCAUCUCCUCCUCCUUCUUCUUCUUCUCUACUUGGGAAAUCCAUUUCAUGCAUCUCUUGUUAAUGUAUGCCAUUGGUUUCCACUCUCUACUUCUAUUUGUCCUUUUCUUUGAAUUGGGCGGUAGAAUUUGAAACCCGAAGGCCUUUCAGAUCCUGGAGCAUUUCUUGGGUAACUCAGAGCGGAAAUGGUGGCUGAAGCUUGGAUAUUGAAGAUGGGUAACCAGGUGAGUAGCAAUCUUAAGCACGCACUCUUUCUCGAACCUUAUAAGAAGAAGAACACAAAAAGAGCAGACACCAAAGAAAGAGAAACUAUUGGCAUCCUUUCUUUUGAGGUUGCUAAUGUCAUGUCUAAAACUUUGCAUCUUCAUAAAUCCCUCACUGAUUCUGAGGUCUCAAAGCUUAAAGCCGAGAUCUUGAAAUCUGUGGGAGUUAACAACUUGGUUUCCGCGGAUGAAGAUUACCUUCUCCAGCUUGCUUUGGCUGAGAAACUCGAUGACCUCAGUCGGAUCGCUAGUAUUGUUUCUAGGCUUGGCAAGAAAUGUACCGAGCCUGCUUUGCAGGGUUUUGAGCAUGUUUAUGGGGAUAUAGUGAGUGGAGUCAUUGAUGUGAAGCAGUUGGGAUUUUUAGUUAAGGAUGCGGAGGGGAUGGUUAAGAAAAUGGAGAGGUACGUCAAUGCAACCUCUAAUUUAUAUGCUGAAAUGGAGGUGUUAGCUGAACUGGAGCAGACCACCAAGAAGUUCCAGCAGAACCAGCAUGAGGAGAGUCACAGAGCUUUUGAGCAGAAACUUAUUUGGCAGAAGCAGGACGUUAGGCAUCUUAAGGAGAUUUCGCUUUGGAACCAGACUUAUGAUAAGGUUGUAGAGUUGUUAGCUAGGAGAGUUUGCACUAUUUAUGCUAGGCUUUGUGUAGUGUUUGGGGAAUCUGCUUUAAGGAGGGACAGCUUUGGGGCUAAUGGGGAUAUUGGUUCUUCGCCUCCUAUGAAGGAUGAAUGCGGGGAGGCUUCAGGUCAGAUAAUGAUUUCAAGCCAUCUGAAGCGGACUUAUAGCAGGAGAAGCAGUAAUGGUUUCCAAUCUGGACCAAUUGAGAGACCAGUUGUGGUGAAAAGGGAGACAAGUAUCAAGUCCAGGAUUGAUUCACACAGAGGUGAAGAAGCAUCAUUACGGGCUGAAGACAUCGUUUUUCCAUGCGUGACGAGUCCUGGAAAGCUAUUCAUGGAUUGCCUUAGUUUGAGUAGCUCAGCUUGUAAAUUGGAUAACGAUGAGGAUGAUAUUAUUGGGAAUGAAGACAGAGGCAGCCAAAUUUCUGGCUGCUGCAGCGUUGCUAAUGGUGGCACAAAGAGAGAACACCCAUACCUUUCAGGUGGGUCUAAUCGGAUCCCAAGUAGUGUCUCUUUCAGUGGAGAUCAUAGACAAGCUAGGUGUGGUAUGAUGAACGACUGCCUCGGCCCCAAAAGUAGGUUAACAGCGCAUGCUUCGCCUUCCACUGUGGGAGGAUCUGGUCUUGCCAUGCGUUAUGCAAAUGUCAUCAUAGUUAUAGAGAAGCUGCUUCGUUAUCCCCAUUUAGUUGGCGAGGAAGCCAGGGACGAUUUGUAUCAGAUGUUACCAACGAGCUUAAGAAAGUCUCUUAGGACUCAUCUCAAGUCUUAUGUCAAGGAUCUGGCUAUAUAUGAUGCUCCACUAGCUCAUGAUUGGAAAGAAACUCUUGAUGGGAUUUUAAGGUGGCUUGCUCCAUUGGCACAUAACAUGAUCAGAUGGCAAAGCGAGCGUAAUUUUGAGCAGCAUCAAAUUGUGAAGCGGACAAAUGUUCUGCUGCUUCAGACGUUGUAUUUUGCUGACAUGGAAAAGACAGAAGCAGCUAUUUGUGAGCUUCUUGUUGGGUUGAAUUACAUAUGUCGUUAUGAACAUCAGCAAAAUGCUCUAUUGGACUGUGCAAGUAGCUUUGAUUUUGAAGACUGCAUGCAAUGGCAAAUGCAAUGCCGAGCUGCUUUUGUUGAUUAAUUUCAUUACUGAAUUAUAUACUUGAAAAAGUUUGUAAAGCGUAGUUGUUAACUCCUGAUACUUGUAUGAAGACAAAAAAUUACAGUUCAACAGGAUGACUGUCUUAGCUUUGCACACUGAUGACUUGUAUUACUGAAAACCCCAAUUGAUUAAUGUACUUUCCUGCCAGGUUGUUGGAAAGUUUAGACGUUUGAAGUACAUAAAUUCAAUUAUUUAUGGAAACCAAUGUA